AUGAAUUAUUUGCGUGCGCCCAACUGGAGCGCAUUGAAGAACUCUGCUUCUGAAGAUCUUGAGUCUAUGAUGAAAGGCUUGACACCACAACAGCAACUGGAUCUGUUAACAAAAUUGGAUCUCUUCUUUGCUGGCGAAGAUAUCGUUAACCGCCGUCCAAGGCCAGGCGCAAGUCCUGUGACUGGCUUGGGUCCUCGCCGUUCGCCACCACGUGUUGCCCGACCUCGUGCCGGAAGCUUCCUAACUAGCUACACACGCCCAACAAUUGCUCCUUUCAACUUUAGAACCACCGACGCACCAGCAGAACGGGUACACGUUGAGAAUUUGGGAGGACCUGGUAGAGAAGCUUCGCCGUAUGCCAAGGAGCUUGGGUUCGACAAGACCGUCUAA